UGUUUGAGAUAGCAGUAUUGGUUUAUUUAAAAGCAUACAUUUUGAGGUUGAAAUCGGCUUGUUUUUCUGGGAUUCUAUCUCGCAGUAGGGGCGUGUCAUUGUCUGUGUGUAUUUCCAUACUGGAACCGGAUACGCCGGCUUUUGUUUCUUCCCGCCCUCCAAGGGAAGCGUGGCUACUUAUUUAUGCAGCGCUCUGACCGGCUCUGAUAUCAAAAUUCAGUGAAGAUGGACGUCGCAAAGAAUAUCGCAGACGAGCUGAACCGUGGCCGUUACACCGAAAAUGUUUUGAAGUACUUCUUCGAAAAGCCGGAUGAUUAUGAACAAGCGCUCACUGAUUCUGAAGACGAUCUGAGCGACGAUGAAAGCAGCAUAAUAAGACUGAAUAAUAUCCCUAAUCUGCAACUGAGCGAAGAUGAAGACGAGGAAGAAUGUAUCGGACUGGCGUCAGACGAGUUGGACCGUAAGAUAUCAGAAUUAUUGGACAUUUAGAGGCAAACAGACGCACAGUGCAAACUUCGGAGAUGGUUACAUCCACAAAGAAGACACCGACAAAGAGAAAGUGUGCCCGAACGACUUAUUUCAUUGGAGGCAACGAGAUCUGCAAGAAUACUUUUCUGUUUCUUAUGGGCAUUGGCAAAGACACCCUGGCUGAUAUAGUCAAACACUAUGAGGAGAAUGGCGCAAGACCACGUUUGAGGAAGAAGCACUCACUGCCACGUCCGCCAGCCAGGUUCAUCAGGCCUGAGGAUAUCAACAGAGUUGUGGACUUCAUAAAAAACUAUGCAGAAGACAAUGCCAUCAUGCUGCCUGGCCGACAGCCUGGGCAUAAGGAUUGGCAUGUGAAGUUGCUGCCAACUCAUGUGUCCAAGGCCUCAGUGUGGCGUCUCUACGUGAAGUCUGCUAAGGAGCUUGGUGAGCGUGCAGUUUGUAAAACCAGCUUCAAAGCACUGUGGGACCGACUUCUCCCACACAUCAAAAGUUGCCGGCCACGCACAGAUCUCUGCUGGCAGUGCCAAAGCAAUAAUGAGCAGCUGAUACGAAGUGCAAACCUCCCAGAUGACAGAAAGUCUGAAGCAGUAAAGAAGCAACAAGAUCAUCUUUCCCUUGUGCAGAAAGAGAGGGCUGUGUACAACGACAUGACUGCUGCCUGCAAAAAGAUUUGCUCUGGCUCUAACCUGUCUUUUGGACCGUCCCUACCAGCAAGCAAGAAGAUUAGGAUGCAUUACAGUUUUGAUUUUGCUCAGCAGUUACACUUUCCCUCAAACCCUCUCCAGCCAGGACCAAUGUACUUCCUGACCCCACGGAAAUGUGGCCUAUUUGGUGUUUCCUGUGAAGGGCUGCAGAAACAGGUGAAUUACCUGAUUGAUGAAGGCAUGUCAUCUACUAAGGGAAGCAAUGAAGUUAUCAGCUACAUGCAUCAUUUCUUCGGCAACUUUGGAGUUGGAGAAACAGAGGUGGAUCUUCAUUGUGACAACUGUAGUGGGCAGAACAAGAACAACUUCAUGCUCUGGUACCUUGCCUGGCGGGUUGGACACAAGCUUCACGAUAAAAUUGAAAUCCACUUCCUUAUUGCUGGCCACACCAAGUUUUCCCCUGACUGUGGCUUUGGACUCAUCAAGCAAGCCUACAUGAAGACAAGAGUCAACACUUUGGCAGACAUCGCUGAGGUUGUGGAAAACAGCUCUCCUGUGAGUCACCUCAAUAUCCCACAGCUUGUUGGAAUGGCAGAGGGCAAAGUUUUAGUCCAGACCUUCGACUGGCAGCAGCAUCUGACUCACCACUUCCGUACACUCCCACAGAUCAAGAGUUAUCAGCACUUCAGCUUUGAUGCCAAGAGACCAGGUGUGGUGCUUGCAAAAACUCACUGUGAUGCACAACCUGUCGAAUAUCAGCUACUGCGCGACGGAGCAGAUCUGCCCUCUAUCGACGGUCUUUCUGUCCUGGCCCCACCUGGACUGAACAUUGACAGGCAGACCUAUCUGUAUGAAAAAAUCAGGCCAUUCUGUGCUGACGAGGCAAGAUACAUCACAUGCCCAGCGCCAAGGGUCACAACACAGAAGAGACCGCGAAUGUAAUAUCAUUGGACUGUGUCACAAAGACCUUUGUCUUAUGCUGCUAUUACCAAGUAAAAGUGGUACUUUUGGUACAUACUUGGAUUCAUACUCAUGCCCUGGAAAGUUUUUGAAAAUAAACAUACAUAGAUAC